AUGAAGUUGGGAAUGGCGAGAGGGGAAGUCUAUCUAAGGGUCUCAGCAAUACUGGUUUUGGUAUUAACUGCAUGCUUGGUUGCUUUUGAUACUCAAACCAAGGUUGUGUUCUUGAGUAUUGAGAAGAAGGCUACUUACAGUGACUUGGACGCUCUCAAGAUCUUGGUGUAUGUUACAUCUGCGGCUGCAGCUUAUAACCUGCUUCAAUUAUGCAAACACACAACUUGCUCUAGAGGAAACUUCAGAGGGUCUUACAUGUGCAUGGCUUGGAUUUCUUUAUUCUUGGAUCAGAUUGCUGUAUACAUAACAUUUGCUACAAACACUGCAUCAGCUGGAGCCUCGAUGAUAGCAGUGACUGGGUCAGAAGCCUUUCAGUGGCUAAAGGUUUGCGACAAGUUCACCAGAUUCUGCAUCCAAAUAGGAGCUGCUUUCUUAUGUGGCUAUAUAGCGUCCAUCUUAAUGGCUCUAAUAUCCACCAUCUCAGCCUACAAAGUGUUCAGGAUGUACUCCCCAAAGUGGUUCCUGCGUCUGAAGAGCAAGUGA